CGCAGUGGAUUGUGGGAGAAACAGUCUCCCUCAGACAUGGCGUCGCUCGCACACCGCUUUAGCUAUGUUGCUCGCUCCUCUGCGAGGUUGUGUUACGGUAGUGCGGUGCCCCGAGCAGCCUGUGCAUCCAUUGUGUCGAGCCGGCGGGCGUUAAUUUCGUGCAGCCAGCCAACAAGGUGGACUAAAGCCGUACGGGUCUGCAGCCCGACGCCCGGACUCUGUCGGAAGUACGGUGAUCUGCCGCCCUUGACUCUGCAGAACAUUGAAGACCGUGUGAUGUACGUCCUGAAGCUGUAUGACAAGAUCAGCCCGGACACGCUUCAGACGUCGUCUCACUUUAUGAAAGAUUUGGGAUUAGACAGUUUGGACCAGGUGGAGAUUAUUAUGGCCAUGGAAGAUGAAUUUGGGUUUGAGAUUCCAGAUGCAGAGGCGGAGAAGCUGAUGACUCCUGCCGAGGUUGUGCAGUACAUUGCAGACAAGAAGGACGUGUAUGAUUAAACAGGACUUGCUGUCCAAGAUCCAGAGUGAUGACCUUCGUGGGGACGAGCAACAUGAACCAGGACGGUGCUUCCCCAUCACAUUUAAACUUCUGGCUCUUGCUUUAGUGUCGUCGGCCUUGUCUCGUGUAAUGUUAUAUUUAAUAAAAACAUGAAAAUGAGUUUGAA